UUUUUGCUGUGUUUCUUCAUGAUGGAAGGAAACGAAGAACACAUGGAUGAAACAGAGGCGCCAGAUCGUAACAGAAAUUCGUCUUUCCUUCUCAAGGAUGAAGAUUCUUUGGAUGUUGAUUUAUAUGGGGACCUCCUAGCUGUGGACCUCAACCAAGAAAUGACUUAUCCUGAGGUAAAAACCAAUGGCUGGUUUUCUAUAAUAUUAUUGAAUUUGUUAAGCUUAAGUUCUCUUCAAUUGUACUUUUUUCAAUUUCAGACUCAAAAACUAAAGGAUGAAAACUUUGUGCUUAAGAAGAAUAUUUCAAGUUUAUACCUUACUGCACGAGAGGAGAUUAAAAGGAAAGAUGCACAAAUCAGAAACCUUCAGGACAAGGAAGUGAGGAACAGAAAAAUUCUGGCAAAAUCACAACAAUAAAUAAUCAGUGACUGGAAUUAAGUCACAUUCAAAAGCCAACUACCCAGCAGUGACCAUUAACUGCUGUUAAACAAAAUUUUGUAUAUAACAGAGCUUCAGUUCCUUUUUCUUGUUUGAACUCCCUCCCCUUUGUAUUAUUAUAAUUGUGUUACAUGUCACAUAAGAAACCAAUGUAAUUGCACUUUUUUUUCA